AUGCCGGGAACCCCUCCUGGCCCAUUUUGCAGAUCUACGAACAGGUCAAAACGUAUAUCAGGGUCGUGCAAGGCAGAUCGAGUUUGUUGCAUACCACUGCCCGUUGAUCUGCCCAUUGCCCGUCGUCCUCAACCGCCGCCCCAUCAGCAUCCGCCUCGACCUCGGCCUCCACCACCCUCAUCUCCGCUGCCGACCUUGAGAGGCGAGAGGAUCCAGGUCCUCGGCCACAGCAACGGCGGUACAGACUACAAGGUUCGACAGCACCACACCUCCGCCGUACACGCCCUAAAAGUCAUCCGAGAUGAAGCUGACCCGCCAUCCGCCGUCGGGCUCUCGGCGAUUCAUAUUCCGCUGCACCCGACUCCCCUAACUUCUCCACAAACAGAGGCGCGUUCUAUGCGGGGAUGA